UUUACACUCUGCCAUGAAAUGCAAACUCAAUUUGAUCCAAUACGAAUAAAGAAAAUACCGUGUAAUGGAUGUCGAGAAAAGAAAAGGAAAUGUUCCUACGGACAACCCUGUGCAAGAUGUGCUAAAAGUGGUGCAGAAUGCACUUAUACAAUUAUGCCUUCCCCGAAAGACCUCGAAUAUAUGCAAGAAUUAGAGUUCAUGAAUCAAAUCGAUCAACUUCAACAACAACUCAACUCGAUGGAAGCCGAGAUUAGCAUAUUAAAACUAGAAAAAGACACUAAAGACAUAAUUCAGGGCUAUCCUUCACCUGAAUCCAUUGGCCCUGAUUUUGUGUCUCAUACAAAAGAUAACUCGAAAAAUAUGCAACUGAUAUACAAUGCUUCACCUCCAACAUCCCCAACCACCACGCACGAUUUAUUCGAAAAUAAGUAUAUCUUUCAUACCAACAAUAAUCUUCAGAUUGAACUUGCCAAACCUGUUGAUCAGAAAACACAACCAUGGCGUUUGACAAUCCAUAAUGGCACAAUGACCAUUGAGACGGACAUCACAACUCAUUCUGAUUUAAUAACAAGUAUGAACAGCAUGUUGCCUUCAGCUAUCUAUCAACAACAAACAGAUAAACUACCAUUUCCUUUUAAUAUUAUUCCCACUGAACGAAGAGAUGCCACCAACCGUGUGAUUCGUAUUUUGAUCUGGCAAAAAUAUGGCAAAUCAAGGUUCAAGAGUCUAACAAAAUAUACGCCUGCACUGAUGCAUUAUGAACCACCACGCCAAGUGACAACUCAAGUCAUGCCAGCGGAACAAUUAGCACCCCUUAUGAUGCGUAUGCUUUAUAUCUAUUUUGGCUGUCUUCAUAUAAAUCAUUUUUGUGUUUAUGUGUCUGGAUUUAUCAGGCUGUUUAUGAAGAGCAAAGACCAGGUAUUGCAAUCACCCGCUGUCUUGUCCAUGUGCUCUGUGAUUUGCCAUCAACACUGUAAGCAUAUCAUGAAGAUCAUGCCAGUCGAAGUGUCUUCUGAAUACGGUCUAUUCUUUUUUGAGCAAGCUCGCGACUUGGUAGCAGAUCGCUUUGAUGAAGUGAGUCUGGAAACACUGAUUACUUAUACUUUUAUGGCUCUGUACAAGACAAAGACUAAAGCAGAUCAAGAGGCACAAGACUAUCUCUGUAUAGCUGAACGUAUUCGCACCCUAUUGUUGCCGCAGUAUGGAUGGAAACCUGAAUACAAUAGCACAAACGUAUCAGAUGAAGUCAUGACGUUUGACCGUAUCAGUGAUUGUAUUCAACAUAUCCGCACUGUCCUAGAACUCCAUUAUGUUAUGCAGAAGGUGACCAAAUUCAAAAAGGCUAAAGCGCAUGGUGUGCUUGAAUUGAUUGAUAAUCAUGAUAUUCGACCUAAGCAUAUUGGUCCUGAUGAUACAGAGCAAGAGAAAAAAGCCAUUCGACUUGGUACCUAUACCACACAACUUCGUGAAGCAAUCAAACAAACCGCAGAUUGUGCCGCUGCUCAAGACCUGCCUACGUAUAUCAGUGUCUUUGGUCACCAAAUCGAGAUGGCCAUGCGACAUUGGUAUCGCUCUGUUCUUCCUCAAGAAUUUCGACUCUCUUUACCUUUAUUUGAUGAUAUGAUACCCGAUUUUGAAUUUUUUACUGUCCUGGAGAUAGAAUGUGGCAGUGAUCCUUAUCCUCUUAUUGCCGCCAUUGCUCUUUACAACGAAUAUCUUAUUAUGGCUAAAUCCUGUGUGCCCAAAACCCCUUUGGAUCCUAAACUCAACCCUGAGGAGAUUGUGUGUCGGUUAAAAGAAGUGAUAAACAAGCCCAAUCAAAUCGAUACUAGUUUGCCUCAUCGAGAACGUCGAUGGUUAAUCCAUUUCAUGCAAAAACUACGCCAUUUGCGUCAACACCGCCAAGACUUCUUUACAGAAGACGAACUCGAAGAAUCAGAAGAAGAGUUCAUGACACGCUUUAUACGUGCACUCGACCUUUCCAAAGUCAAUUUUGAUAUGCCACUGAUUCAUACUUCCGUCAGAGUCGCACUGAAUAUGGUUCGUCUUAUCCAGUUUUUACUCACGCGGGAAUAUUCUUGCCGUCUGGAUCUUAGAUGGGUGAUGAAUGCAUGGGAUAUUCUUUUAAGAGCCGCUGCAUUUAGAUAUCAGCAGCCAGAUGAUCCAUCAGUUACACUAGAUCGUAUCCGAGCUAAUUUGAUAUUGUGUCUUGAAUUUAUACGAGAUAAUGUAGAUCUUGCAAGAAAAGAUCCUUCAGGCGAAUUCAUGGCGCAAAUACAACAACAGUUUGAUAAGUCUUUUAUGUAG